ACAGCACUGAAAUCCUGCGGCAAGCUUCAAUCCUUUAUAGAAGAGUGUGUUUAAACACAUUAACGGUGCCGUUAUUAUCAUCCCAUACUCCAGCGUACCCCAACAGCAGAGAUAAUCGCCACAUGUCAGCUGCUGGUGUACACACCCUUAUUACAACCAGGUAAAAUAAUAAUGGCAGAGCUCUGCAGAGGCUUAGCAACAGACAAAAAAAGGACUGGGUGGAAAGGCAUUUUGCAAAACAGAGGAUCAAGAAACAGGCUAAUCACCUUCCACAAGGCAAUGAAAAAGGAGGACAGUUUGUAUGAAUGUGUUGUCGAUGAUGACCCAUCCCAGCUCUCUAUGGAUGUGUUUCAGUUGGCUUUGGAAGGUAAUAAGUCCGGCCUUGAGGACCUUAUAAACAAGAACCCAGAUUGUCUGCUCACCAGCAAUGAAGCCAGAGCAACCCCUCUUCAUUUUGCUGCUGCUGGUGGACAUCAUGGGAUCAUUCACUUCAUUGUCAACAUGGCUGGGCCAGAAGGUCUAAAUACUGUUGAUGACCUGGGCAACACUCCAUUGCACUGGGCUGUGGAAAAAAAACAGAUGGAAAGCUGUAACGCGCUGCUACAGUUGGGAGCAGACCCUAAUAUCUUAAACAAUUCCUUGCUGUCUCCUCUUCAUCUGGCUGUUAACCUUUGGCACAAUAACCUGGUUGAUCUGUUGCUGUGCCACAGCAGUACCAAUUCCAACUUGGAAGGCGACUUGGGAAACACACCAUCCAUGUUAGCCUGUUCUAUUGACAACCAUGAAGCACUUGGUAUUCUGCUGAAGCACGGUGCCAAGCUGUGUCGACAGAACAAGUUGGGGCACUUUGCUGUUCAUGCAGCUGCUUUUGCAGGUGCAAAGAAGUCCAUGGAAAUCAUUCUGAAAAAGGGAGAAGAAAUGGGCCACUCUGUUUUCACUCAUAUUAAUUAUCUGGAUAAAUCCUCGAGCAGCCCUCUUCAUCUUGCUGUUCAUGGAGGAAACAUUGAAGUGAUUAAGUUGUGCAUUGAUAACGGAGCAAAAAUAGACCUGCAACAGUGUGACAAAUCCACAGCUCUACACUUUGCUUGUACACAAGGUGCCACUGAAGCUGUCAAACUAAUGCUGUCGUCUCAUGACCGUGUGGAAGAGGUAGUAAACAUCAUUGAUGGAGCUCAUCAGACUCCCUUGCAUAAGGCUUCAAUAUUUGAUCACGUCGACCUGGUAGAAUACCUCCUCCUAAAGGGUGCAAAAAUUGAAAGCAUUGAUUGCAAGGGCCACACUCCACUACUUCUGGCUACGCGUUGCGGAGCCUGGAGAACUGUGGAACUUCUGCUAAAUAAAGGAGCGAAUGUGAAGAUAAGAGACAAACAGGGUUGCAAUUUUGUGCAUUUGGCUGUUUUGCAGCCAAAGGGACUGAAAAACCUCCCUGAAAAAUUUCUGCAGCACAAAGAUGUAAAGGGACUUCUGAACAGUGAAGAUAACGAAGGAUGCACACCCCUACACUAUGCCUGUCGCUUGGGUGUCUCAGAUUCAGUAAAUAACAUGUUGGGUAUGAAAGUAUCACUGAAUCUUAAAUCCAAGGACAAAAAGUCAGCUCUGCAUUUUGCAGCCGAAUAUGGGCGGAUCAACACAUGCCGCAGGCUGCUGGAGACCAUGGUAGACACCCGUCUUCUGAAUGAGGGGGAUGAGAAAGGGUUGACCCCUCUCCACCUGGCCUCUGUGGGAGGACACACCAAGGUAGUGGACCUGCUUCUCCGGAAAGGAGCUUUGUUCCUCAGUGACCACAAGGGCUGGACAUGCUUACAUCAUGCGGCCGCAGAAGGUUAUACACAGACCAUGAAGAUACUUUUGGGAACAAAUAUUAAACUUAUGGAUAAGGUCGAUGAAGAUGGGAAUACUGCCCUGCACCUGGCUGCCAGAGAAGGGCACACAGGAGCCGUAAAGCUGCUCUUGAGUAAAGGUGCAGAAAUCACCCUGAACAAGAGUGAAGCAUCCUUCAUGCACGAAGCCAUCUACCAUGGGAGAAAGGAGGUGGCCUAUGCUGUUAUUGAGAGUGAAAGAUGUACCCAGGCUCUCAUUACAUUCAAACUUGGCUCUGCUAAAGCCUGCCCUGUGUUAGAUAUGAUAGAAUUUCUUCCAGAAGCUUUCAAAUUUCUUCUAGACAAGAGUGUGAAUGAAUCAGAGGAUGAUGUCAACAGCUAUGACUACUGCAUUCAAUACAACUUCCAAUGGUUGCAAGCCCCUAUGCACUAUGCAAAACUAGCAAAAACGGAUAAAAGAUACUACUUCAAGCCUCUUGGAGCACUAAAUGCAAUGGUACGAUUUAACCGCAUAGAACUCUUGACCCACCCAGUGUGCAAGAAGUAUUUGGAAAUGAAAUGGCUUGCUUAUGGAGUCAAAGUCCAUGGUCUUAAUCUAGCUAUCUAUACAUUGGGCUUGCUGCCUUUGUCACACCUCAUUGUGAGUAUGAGACCAUCAAUUAAUGAGACUUACGGAAAUAUAACCGUAGCAUCAAAACCUCUGAACAAGCAACAUUUUUUUCUGACAACCUGUAUGAUGCUGGUUUUUGUUAUGAAUGUAUAUACCGUUGGUAAGGAGCUGGUCCAGAUUUUCCAACAGCGUAGGAGGUACUUCAGAGACUUCUCAAAUUUUUUGGACUGGUCAGCAGCUUUGUUUUCGAUAUUAUUUGUGGUUCCCUUAAUGAAUGAUUUUAAGGGUAACUGGCACUGGCAAUGUGGGGCAAUAGCAGUCCUCCUGUCCUGGGUCAACUUCCUUCUUUAUCUUCAAAGGUUUGAGUGGAUUGGGAUCUAUGUGGUGAUGUUUGGGGAGAUCCUCCGCACCCUCAUCUGUAUCGUGCUGCUGUUCUUCUUCCUGAUGCUGGCUUUUGCCUUGUCCUUUUAUGCCCUCAUGCUUGGGCAGAGAAAUUUUGGAACUAUUGACGCCUCAUUAAUGCAGACCUUUGUCAUGAUGGUAGGAGAGUUGAGCUAUCAGGAUAAUUUCCUCAUACCCUCCCUGCAAAAUAAACUUCCCUUUCCUCACAUCACUUUUGUGAUCUUCAUCUGGUUUACUUUGCUCAUGCCCAUUCUCCUCAUGAACCUAUUGAUUGGUUUAGCUGUUGGAGAUAUUGCAGAGGUACAGAGGAAUGCAAGUUUAAAAAGAAUUGCAAUGCAGAUUGAUCUUCAUACCAGUUUGGAAGAGAAGUUGCCAUACUGGUUUAUGAAACGGGUGGAUCAGGAGACCAUUACAGUCUAUCCAAACAGAACCUGUGCAGAAAAGGUUCAAUCCCUUCUGAACUGGAGUGACCAGGCUGAGUCUCGUUCUCGGCUUAGUGCCAACACUUGUCACCUGACACCCCUGGAAAACGAGCUGCAGAGACAGAAGUACAGGUUGAAGGACAUUUCUAAUGUCCUGGAAAAGCAGCACAAUCUUUUGAAGCUGAUAAUUCAGAAAAUGGAAAUAACAACAGAAGCUGAUGAAAAUGAUGGUCCCGACCUGUUCCAGCACGGAAAUGAAAGGAAGCAGCUUCAAAAGAAGAGCAAAUGGUUCCCCCUGCUAAAAGCUGUGCAUAGUAAAAUGCAGUAGAAUCACAUUUUGUGGUCUGCAGUUGUUAAAACAUCAGGAGGGCUUUUAAAACCAUUUUAGCCAUUUCCUCUUUCUUUUAGAAAAUCAUAUUAGGAAGAUUGGCUUCUUACAUAUAUCUAAUAGUAGCUGUUAGACAUAAAGUAUAAAAAAACACCAAACCCAGAAAUGUACAAAUAUAUACAGUAGCAAUUAAUAUUAAUUUCAGCUUCAUGAAUGAUGCCUUUUGCUCAUGAAAUAUGCCUUGCCUUGUCUGUGUAUAAAAAAGCAAAUUCCGUUCAUACUGAUUUUUCUUGUAGAGUCCACCAUCCUUUACCAUUGUGUAAAUUGGCUGUUAAUAGUUAGAAAUUCAAAGUGUGAUGUUCAUCUUAGAUUGUGGAAGAAAUGUACUCUUAUUUGCAUGCAUUAUAAAUUCAGUAAAAGUUAUUUUAAUGUACUGGGUAUCAAUAAACAAUACU